AUGGCGUGGGAGGACGACGACGAUGACAUGGAUCAAGCUUGGGAGAUUCUUGGCUUUCAUCAGUCUUCUGCGCGCCCUAAAGGCUCUACUGCCAACCGCCAGCCAGCCAAACCUAAAGUCGCCCGGUGGGGCCUCGUAAGCGAGCCACUCCGUAUCCCCAGCACACAUGCACACCGACUGUACACACAGACAUCUCAAGUACAUCAACUGGACGCCCGCGCUACCGCAACGUACGACUACUACACCUCCUCGUACUGCCCAGCAGUGGUGGAAAACUGA